AUAUGCAUUUUAAGGACAAAACUUUCUUCAGAAAUUUCUUAUUUAUUGAGUGGCGAGUAUAAUACACAUCGUUACAUCGUUUUGCUUCAACAAUCAGACAGCAGCUUCGCUUCGCGCUCCGUCUGUUUUUACAAUUUUUUCGAUAUUCACGAUAUUUCCCCGCGGUUUGUAACCUCUGCAACGUCAUGCAAGAGAUGUAAUCAGACGAUAACUAAAUGAACAUUUUCUUCUCAUCUUUUUAUAUCAAUAGCUUACAUAUGCAUUAACGUUUCGUCUCACAAGUGAACGUAAGAAAGAUCGUUAAAAGAUCUUUAUAGAUCUCGAAGGGCGAGAUCUCGCUGAAUCAGGAAGUGGCAGAAGAGAUUCAAGAAUAGGAUGCAGUUGGGAGGAUGCGCUGGAAGGAAUCGCUGCUGUUGAUACUGCUGUCGCUCGCGUUCGCCUCACGCGGAUGCGAUUUCGGCAAGCGCAGAAUGCACACGCAUCGAAAAAGCAACGGCGACGGCGACAGGUGCACUUGCGCAAUCCCAACAAUCCGCUACAUUUCCUCGGCGGAAUCGAACCGUACGGUCGAUCCUCACUGCGAGUGCGACUCCUCCACCUUCGUAGUGAUGCGGAAGAUACCAUAUGGCGGCCUCGAGAAUAAUGGAGGCGGCAUUAUUCACGUGGACUUAAUGUCCGCAUGCAUCAGAUGUAGCAUGUGCUCGGCCGUGGCCGACGAGAUUAGCGAAACUCUAUUCGAGAUUCACGAUACGAUGGCACCGGGCGACUGGCUGACCGACGCGCAAGCCGUUCUCCUCUUGAGAAGCAUCUGCGAUCAGUCCUUCCGACACUACGGCCUGCGAGAGAUCGACGACGAGAGAUUUAUUUCCGACCCGUUGCCCGGCGACAGGCUUGUCACCUCGUCCGCUGAUGGAUUGUGGGAAAAGAGCUUGAGAAGCAUGUGCCACGAAUAUCUCGACGAGAUACAAGAGCUUCAACUCUACAGAAAGUGGAUGGAAUGGUGCGAGGACGACGAGCACUUGUCCAGCCUGGAAGAUGUCCUUUGCAGGAACGAGAUCAGCAGCUUGCGAGAUUGCAGAGGAAUGGGCAAUGUGUACAAACAGUACGUGCCUACAAAGGACUACAGCGCUUACGUCAAGGUCCUGGCAGAGUCUCACAAUUGCGGCUAACUGUGAUCUUGACCUUACGAAAGACGUCAUAUUAAUCUGAUUUCUUAUUCUUUAUUAUUUAUUGUAGCGAUUAUUGAU